CCUCUGCUCGGCCGAAGGCGGAGCCAGGUGACAACUGUUUUCCCCACCACGCUGCGUUUUGGCGCGUGAGGUGAAGCACAUCCUUGUUCCUUUAGGAAUGACUUUGAAAGAAAAAAUGGAAGGGAAAACGAGCAUUAUUUUGAAGACCAUGUCUGCAAGUUUCUACUUUGUGAUAGUUGGUCAUCAUGAUAAUCCAGUAUUUGAAACUGAAUGGCUACCUCCUGGAAAAGUAGAGUCCAAGGAUGAUCAUCGCCAUCUCAACCAGUUCAUAGCUCAUGCUGCUCUUGAUCUAGUAGAUGAGAAUAUGUGGCUAUCUAACAACAUGUACUUGAAGACAGUGGACAAGUUUAAUGAAUGGUUUGUUUCUGCAUUUGUCACUGCAGGACAUAUGAGAUUUAUUAUGCUUCAUGAUGUAAGACAAGAAGAUGGAAUUAAAAACUUCUUUAGUGAUGUUUAUGACUUGUAUAUAAAGUUUGCAAUGAAUCCAUUUUAUGAGCCCAAUUCUCCUAUUCGAUCCAGUGCAUUUGAGAGAAAAGUGCAGUUUCUUGCGAAGAAACAUCUUUCAAGCUGAAUACCUUUUUUGAUUAGGGUACUUAAUUACAGUUCAAACAUUCAUAAAGAUGCAAUAAACUUAAAUAUUCUGGUAAGUGUUCAGCAUGUUUGAUACUUAUCUUUGUCUUCACCAAGGUAACAGCUCUUUCUGCUGAUUAUAAUCAAAAACCAUUUGAGUUCCUAUGGUUAUGAGAGAGCUACUAAAACCAUCCAGUUGCCACAUCAAAAAAGUGCUGUUAAAAUGUCAUUAAGCUUAACCAGCAUUAAUAAAUCAACUACUGUGUUCCAAAGCUUGAGACAUCAUUAUAAUGCGUUUGCUGUACAAUGGAGAUAUGAAAAGCAGAUUUCACUGCUUCAGUAGUUCUAAGUGGAAAAAGCUGUAGUUUAUUUUACAAUAGUAUGCCUUGGUACAAACAAACAAUUUUUUUUUUUUUCAGCAAUGGUCAGAUCAGAGCUAUUUUUCUCCUUCGUGAGAAAUUGUUGCACAGUACAACACUAAACUAUCAGAUUAGAUUUAAAUAUAUAUUGCUAGAAGAACAGAUGCAUGCUGUAGAAUGCUGUGUUUAUCACCUCUAGGGAUGGCAAAUAAGACUUUGCAAUACUGUCUUCUAUUACAACACCAACCUUUGAAUAAGAUACUAUUUUAAAAAUUAAAAAAAAUGAAAACGCGAACAAUUUACUGGAUGUUCAGUGAAAGAAAUCUAUAGUGGUACAUUGUGCCAAUGAAAGUAGCAAAGAAAACAGACUAAAGUUUUGUAGUCCUGUUUUGCCUCAGUCUAAAUUUCAAUCCAGGAAAAAACCCUGGUACUUCCACUUAUUUAUUUCUUCCCCCCGGUGACACUUUCUUAAGGCUUAAAACUUUCCCGAAUAGAAAUUCCUUUCUCAAUAGUAGACUUAUAAACUGACUCCCUUUUGGUGAGGCUGCAAAGGGUCUAUCAGAGCAGCACUUGUUAUUACAGAUGGACUAGUGGACAUAAUGUUGUUAGAAGAACUUUUUGUAAAUACACUGUAUAUUCUUGUUCCAAAAGGUAUAAUUUUAAAACAAUGAAUAAAAUACAUGCACAACCA